CACUAUCACAAAUAGACAUGAGAGCACUUUUGGUUGUCUGGGCAUUGCCAGAUGGGCAAAACGUGAGUAUAGCGAGUCCAAGCUGCCAGGAAGCAAAACUCAAGAAUGCCACUGGUAGUUCAAGCGUAGAUCCGAGAGUAGAGGUGCGGCACGGGUUCUGCAAUGUGACAUGCAGGUUAUGGAGCCUUGUUGGCUCCAUACCUUCGCAUGAAAGCCAGGAACUCUCUCCACCAGAGGUGUCUCCGAGAAUUGAGCCGAGCCACAAGAACCUACAUGCCUGUCUCCCCAAAGAGCUGAAGGGUCGUUGACAGGGAAUUAGCUCAACAGGGGACUGCCAAUUGGUUGUGGGUUUCGAGGUGAAUGGCCAUGGUGGUGCGGAGGACUUUCUGUGCAAUGCGCACCAGAUUGAAGAGAUCCGAUUUGUUUUUUACAUUUUCCAGAUUGACACAGUUUGACAUUGAUUGCUACUCAAUCCCAGAACGUACUUGACUUUCAUGGUGAGGGCGGUUCCCAGUUCUUUUGGGCUUUGGCGAGUUUAGGGUUCUGGGCAGAAAACCUGUGCCAAGUGUUAAACAUCUAUAUAUGCAGAAAAGUGGCCGCGCGAUCCAAAGCACGCAGGCUUUGCCAGCACACAAGCGAUGAAUCACUGUUGCUGCAAAAAGUGGCAGGCCAAGCGAAAGUUGAGGUGCCGGCAUUUCUUAGCAGGUGAACAUCUGGCGUAUCGAAAGCGCAGGCAUGCGUGUGUACGACUCAGACCGGCCAAUCCUUCCGGAUUUUAACCGCUGGGCAUGGGUCACAUGGGUCCUCACAGUUUCAAAAGCGGUUGAGAGUUUAUUAACGUCGCAUGUGGCCACAUAUGAAGCGUGAGACUCAUAUUCAUCCCGUGGCAACAAGACAAGCUUCAACACGACAGAUCCCGCCAAAUAAACUCACUGUUUGCUUCACACCUGCGGCACUUGCUCUUUGAGUGUAGAUUGUCGAGCAAAACGCAUACAACAGGAACAGCUUUGCACCCACCACUACGCACAACAUCGUACAACUUCCAAGUUCGUUGGAGCAUAACAUACUAUCACCAUCAAGGCUUCUUAGCUGAAACUGCUGAAAGUCGUGAGACACAGACACCAAGACUGGUUGAGUUGGCUUCGACGUUUGUCGGACAUCCUGGCCCCGGGUCUGAGUUGAGUAGUUGAGUCUGUCAAGCAUGAAAGCCUCAAUGGCACAAGUUGUUUGAGAAAGCCGACGACUGCAGUGUCACAAUUGUACUAUGAACUUCAACCACUUCUCUCACGCGCGUUUUGAUGCGUGCUUUGUAUGCUGGGUGGAAGUCUAAACUACUCCACGUGGGUAAAAGUGUAUGCACAGAUUCAUUGAAACCUUGAUGAAUCUGCAAAAAACACAAGUGUUCCACUUUUCUAAGCCAACAAUCCACCGUGAUCGAAUUCAGAGGGCCAGAUGGCCCACGAUCCUCCACCACCAUCACUGUUCGAGGAGGCUGAACCUUUUGGGGAUGAGCCGGAGACACUCGCUGCAAGCAGUUCCCAAAGGCAUGAAGUGGACUGGAGAUUUGUGAGGCAGAUUGCUGCAUCAUACGCACGGGGUUUGGACAAAAGGAAGGGGGAGCUUGCAGAAAAGAUCGUCUCAGAGGUGGUGAAGAGUCAGGUUGGGAAGUCGGGUGUCUCAGACUUGGAAGUGCUCAACCAGGUGCUUGCAAAGGUGAAAGACGUGAGGGAGGCGCAAGCCGUCAGUGAGAAGAAUUUGCAGGCAGCAGUCCAACAGGCUGCUGAUGCAUGGGCCGAGACGUCCGCCACUAGCAUGUCUACCCUUGUGUCCAAGGAAUUUGAACAGAUGUCAGAUGAAGUUGCUUUCGUUUUGGCCAAAGAAUUGUCACAGUCGAGAAAGUUUUGUGAGGCUUUGGCCAGAGGGGUGCAGAAGUCUGGAGCUGCUGCAACGAAGCAGGCGCUCGAGGUGCUGCGGCCGCCAGAGAUUCAGGAAUCCCUUGGCCAUGCGCUGUCUGAGGCGCUUGAGGAGACUCUUACUCCUGUUUUCAAGACGGAGCUGCGGUCCCAUUUCGAGCAAGAUUUAGGGCCACUCAUUGGUCUAAGAGUGACAGAAAUGCUAUCCGUCUUUCGCGAACGCAUGACAGAGUGCUUGCAGGGCAUUGCCGCCGAACAUGAACAAGCAGCGCAGCGCUUGGGUCGAGAUUUAGCUCCGUUAGUGGCUGACGAGCUGAAGCAGGUGAGACAUCUCAUGCAGACCUCGUCAAGUCAGUCAGGCAGCCUUUCUGAGGCGCAGCUGGAUGAGCUCACAAGCUCCAUAGAAGUCGAGGUCAUCGAACCACUUCACGCUCGUGUGAAGGAGCUCACGGUGCAAGUCAAGGCUCUUCGUGCAGAAGCGGAACAGCUCCAGCGGCGCUCAGAAGGCAAGUCUCACGGUCCCGAAGCAGAGGCUGCGCAGGCCCGAGACAUACAAAAGCUCUUUCGAGAGGGACGAGCCGAGGAUGCGUUUCAGCUUGCCUUGCAGAAGCAGGGGGAAGCAAGAUACCAGGACUUCUUAGAGCCUCUAUGCUCUUUGGUACAGCCUGAUCAGUGGCUCAUGGAGGAUCCGACAGGAAUGGCCCUCAGUCCUCAGGUUAAGAUAAAGCUGAUGCAGACCCUUGCACAACAGUGUGCAAAUUGCGAAGAGACCGUUCUUCUGAGCAAGGUUGAGUGGAUCCAAGAGCUUUGGUUGGCUCUAGAUCUUGGCGAACCGGCCGUGGAGAAGCAAGGGAAAAGGCUCGUGACAGAGCUGAUCGAGGCCCUUAAUCGCGUGCAGGGUCAUGCUGGAGAGCAGGUGCAGGUCCGCAAGCUCAAAAGAACUCUGACUCAGGCUGAGCUCAGUGUCCUUUGCUUGCCUUCUCCCUUAACUCGUUGAAGUGGAGAGGCGGUGCGGAUGAUGACGCGUGAGUGAUGUGCAUAGUUAGCUUCCCUUCUCCAACCGAGAAGUGGGUUUAGAAUGGACAGCCCAUUUGCUCACGUAUCCAGCUGGAGCUGCGGAACACUGCUAG